AAUCACUGCAUCUUUUUGCCGUCUGUUCGUAAGAUCAGAGUGGUUAAGCGUUUAACUAUGUCUGGCCGCAGUCCAAAAUAUCCCCACAACUGAAUCACUACAUCUUUUUGCAUUCUGUUCGCAGGAUCAAGUUUGUUGAUUAUUUUAUUAUUUCGUAGCGCAGUAGACGUCGCUAUCUCUAGUGCUGAUGUUGUGCAGCCCCGAGAUGGUACUAACUAGAUUCGCGGGCUGCCAGCCGCACUCGGCUUCCUCUGCCACCUCCCUGACUGCGACUUUCGCUCGGUUAACAGCGACCGGAUUCGAAAACACUAUAAUGAACAGAAGGCAAUGCCCAAUGGUCUCAGCCCAACAGACCAUAACGUACGAAAGUUGCUGGAUAUGAGGUCUCCCAGGAGCAAAGACGAGAUCCGUUCCGUCUUAGGAAGCGCCGGUUACUACCGUCGAUUUGUGCCCAAUUUCGCUUCUGUUGUAGAACCCAUGGUUCGUCUUUUGAGCAAGAAGGUCCCUUUUGUUUGGAACCAAGAGCAAGUUGAAACUUUUACCAGAAUCAAGCAGUUGCAACCAGUCCUCCAAUCCUAUCCUUUCCUAAG